UUCUUGAUUCUAAAAGAUUGCUCUGAUUUUCAGUUCAUUAACCAUGCAGAACUCUGAGUUAGUCAUGAAGAUCGACGCCACCAUCAUGGCCACUGCUUCUUCUCCCAUUCAAGGGUCUCAUGGAGUUGGAGAGAAGGCACUUUGCCUCUCACCACAGUUGGAAAUUAAGAGUGGUGGUGAUGAUGCAGUUGUGGCGCCUAAAGGGGACGAAGAAGUGGAUCAGAAACCCACCUUGGUUGGGAUUGAUCACAAGAGAAAGGCUUCAACGGAAAUCGAUCCGUUUUGCGAAUCCGAUCCAGAUAGCUGCCACGGUUCUAAGCAUCUCAACUCUCCUCCUGUUUCAACCCCAAUUGUGGAACAAGAACAACAAGUUGAUGAAGAAAUGCUGCCUCUAGAAGUUGGAGACGACAACGAGAAAAUGGAAGAAGACAAGGGCGUGUCUGAUGGAGGACCUUUGGAGAUGGACUCGGACCAAAACAAAGGAGAAGGAUUAAUAAUGAACUCACCCAACAAUGUUGAAGAAGAAAAAGUGGAGACUGAAGCUAUUGAGAGCAUGAAUGUAGAGCCUGAAGGUAACAAGGGCAAGAACAAAGAAGGAACAGUGAACUCACCCAGUAACGUUGUUGUUGAAGAAGAAAAAGUGGAGACUAAUGCUACUGAGAGUAUGAAUGUGGAGCCUAAAGGUGACAAGGGCACGCCUCAUGGAGGAGAAGGAAUAGUGAACUCACCCAGUGAUGUUGAAAAAGAGAAAGUGGAGACUGAUCAUGCUGCUAUGAAUGUGGAGCAUGAUGGUGACAAGGGCACUUCUCAUGGAAGACAUUUUGAAUUGGACCUAAACCGAAGAGUUGAAGAAAUAGUGAACUCUCCCAGUUAUGUUGAAACAGAAACAACAAAAGUGGAGACUGAAGCUAUAGAAAGCGUGGAUGUGAAGCCUCAAGGAAACAAUGGCAUGCCUCGUGUAGUGAGACUUUUGGGGAUUGAUCUAAAUCUAGAAGCUGAUCAAGGAAACAAUGGCAUGCCUCGUGUAGUGAGACUUUUGGGGAUUGAUCUAAAUCUAGAAGCUGAUCAUCAAGGAAUGAUGCAGCACUCCUCCAAUGAUGUUGAAAGAGAAACUACAAGAGUGCAGCCUGAAAUUGGACACAAGGGCAUGCCUCAUGAAUGUCAUUCUUUGUUGGACCUAAACAAAGGAAAACAGAUGGUGGAACAUGAUUCUGUGGAUCAGAACAUUGAAGUUGAGCCUUAUGUUGCAGAAAACAUUGAAGUGAAUUGUGCAAUAGAGAAAAUGGUCCAAAUGGGAGUGGAGCUUCUUUGCGACUUGAACGAAGAAGCAGACCCUUUUUCUGAUGAAAAUGAGAUUGAAGCUGAGCCUGCAGCUAAUGCCGGAUUGAAGAAGAAGACUGAAGUGGAGUCUUGUGGUGCUGAUAAGGUUGAAGUUGAGCAAUGUGCUGAAGAGAACAAUGAAGAGGAGGAUGAUGAUGGUGUAGAGAUGGAGAAGAGAGAAGUUGUGCUUGCACUUCCUGCUGUUAUUGAAAAUGAUGAAGUGGAGACAUCUCCUCCAAGGGACUAUGUUAUUGAUCUCAACAAAACUCCUCCUGGAUACAAUGAUGAAAACUAGUACUGAGAAAUUAACUAUUCCAUGCAGGUGUACUUGAUGAUUGAGUUUUUGUAUUCUAGUUUUUAGAUAAUGGGAGUGAGAGAAGAAGAUAAGACUUCAAUUAUAAGGAACAACAAUAAUUUAGAGAUGUUUUUGUAUUUUCAAUUGCAAGAACUAAAGAAAUAAAUCUUGUUUUUAAAA